AAACCCCUCUUUCAUAACAGAACGAAUUAUUACAACAACAAAUCCUCUCUCUCUCUCUGUCGAAGAAAACAGAAGGAAGAGUCUGGACAAAAAUUGUGUAGGUUCUUGAAAUGCAGAAAGAAGAAGAAGCUACAUCAGUAUCGAUUUGUCCAAGCUUCAAUUGCUACUCGUGUGAUGGAAUCGCAGAGGUGGCGGCACGAGUAGAGACGGAGUUGUCCACAUCAAAUCAACAACCGCAUGAUGAGGAUACGUUUGAGUUCACUACGGAUUUCGAUUUCUCGUCUUCGAUAAUGGCUGGCCAGAUCCGGCCGGUUUUUCCGGUCUUCAACCGGGAUCUCAUGCUAAGCGAUUGUUGCUUUGACGAAGAUGACGAGCUUCAUCGUAAUCGAAAUCGGGAUGCAGAUUUUAGGGACGGUGAUGUAGAAGAUGAUGACGUGGCAAGGGCUCGACUGUCGUUGAAGAAUCUGUUUGUCGAUGAACCGGACAAUCCGUCAUCGUGCUCGUCCUCGGAGGCUGACGAGCUAGAGGAGAUCCCGCAGGGGGCGUACUGCUUCUGGACACCGAAAUCGCCAUCACCGUCUCCGUCACCUGGGAGAUGCAAGAAGAGCAACUCAACAGGAUCGUGUUCAAAACGGUGGCGUUUUCUUGACCUGCUUAAAAGGAGCAGCAGCGACGGCAAGGCACACUCCUUAGUAUUCGUAAAUCCGAAGGGAGAAGAGAAAACGAGAGUCAAAGCCGCCGCAGUCAAAAUAAAAUUGAAGGGAGAGACGGCGGCUUCGGCACAUAAAGCUUUUUAUGUGAAAAAUAAAGGCGGAAAGGAAGGUGAUAAACGACGGUCUUAUUUGCCGUACAGGCAGAACCUGCUUGGAUUAUUCUCGAACAAAACGUUUCCUCCAUUUUGAAUCUCCAUUUUGUUUAUUUAAUAAAUUAUCAGUAUCUUAAAUUGCAGCUGUAUUUAGUUUUUGUUUUUGAAUAAUAUGCUCACUAUAGAUCAUAGUAUAGAUCAAUAAA